AUGCUAAGAGUGAAAUUGCAAUCUUGCGCUUCAAGAAGGACGCUGUUCAGCACUUCGAGAUUAUUGGCUGCAAAGAAGCAACACGAUGUUGUAAUUAUUGGUGGGGGCCCAGGUGGUUACGUAGCAGCGAUCAAAGCUGCUCAGUUGGGUUUGGACACCGCCUGUGUCGAGAAAAGAGGCAAGUUGGGUGGUACAUGUUUGAAUGUCGGCUGUAUUCCAUCUAAGUCGUUGUUAAACAACUCUCACAUGUACCAUCAAAUGAAACACGAUGCGAAGGGCAGGGGUAUCGACGUGAAGGGCGUUGAGAUCAACAUUCCCCAAUUUCAAAAGGCAAAGGACACAGUUGUGAAACAACUAACAGGUGGUAUCGAAAUGCUUUUCAAAAAGAACGGUGUAACUUACUAUAAGGGUCUUGGUUCAUUUGAAGAUGAAAACAAUGUUAAAGUUUCUCCUGUUGAAGGUUUAGAGGGAACUGUUCCCGAAGAAACCAUUUUGGAGGCAAAGAAUAUCAUCGUUGCCACCGGCUCUGAGGUUACUCCUUUCCCAGGUAUUAACAUUGAUGAAGAAAGAAUCGUUUCCUCAACUGGUGCCUUGUCUCUAAAGGAAGUUCCUAAAAGGCUUGCAGUCAUUGGUGGUGGUAUAAUCGGGUUGGAAAUGGGUUCCGUCUACUCCAGAUUAGGCUCCAAAGUUACUGUUGUCGAAUUUCAACCAGCAAUCGGUGCUACUAUGGACGGUGAAGUUGCUACCGCCACACAAAAAUUCCUAAAAAAGCAAGGCUUCGACUUUAAGCUCGGUACUAAGGUUAUUUCCGCCCAAAGAAAUGGCGAUGUCGUCAAUAUUGAAGUGGAAAAUGUCAAGACUGGUAAGAAAGAGUCACUUGAAGCUGAUGUUUUGCUGGUCGCCAUUGGUCGUAGGCCAUACAUUCAAGGCUUGAAUGCUGAGAAGUUGGGUCUUGAAGUUGAUAAGAGAGGCCGUCUAGUGAUUGACGAGCAAUUCAACACCAAGUUCCCACAUAUCAAGGUCAUUGGUGAUGUCACAUUUGGACCUAUGCUUGCUCAUAAAGCUGAAGAGGAAGGUAUUGCUGCUGUAGAGUAUUUGAAGCUCGGGCAUGGUCACGUCAACUACGGCAAUAUUCCAGCCGUUAUGUACUCUCACCCAGAAGUAGCUUGGGUCGGGAAAACAGAAGAACAGUUGAAGGAAGCCGGUGUUGCUUACAAAGUUGGUAAAUUCCCAUUUGUUGCCAACUCCAGAGCGAAGACUAACCUAGAUCAAGAAGGUUUCGUGAAGAUUUUGAUUGAUGCUGAAACGGAGCGUCUUCUCGGUGCUCACAUUAUUGGUCCAAAUGCCGGAGAAAUGAUUGCUGAAGCUGGUCUUGCUCUGGAAUACGGUGCAUCUGCUGAAGAUAUUGCACGUGUUUGUCACGCUCACCCUACCUUGUCGGAAGCCUUCAAAGAAGCCAACCUAGCUGCCUAUUCCAAGCCAAUCAACUUCUAA